CCUUACUGAUAUUUCACUCGCUUUUGAUAUAAGUUGGGACUCUUCUUGCUCUAUGUAACUCGCUCUGGACGUCGAGAGGCAACAUUUCCCGACGCACCUGAACGCAGCAUGCGACCGAGCAUUAGCUCCGCGUAGAGGACCCGAGAGAGGGAAGAAGGGAGAGAGGGAGAGAAGGAAGAAGGGAGAGAGAGAGAGAGAGGGAGAGGGAGGCCAAACAGGUGGUCUGGAAACACACAGAAAACAAUGUCGCCCGGCGGGGAGGCGCGGAAAGACUUUUAGUCCCCGCUCUUCCUGAAGGAAUACCGGGACAGUCGCGGAGAAGCCGAACAAACGGAACAACCCAUGCUCCGCUUUUAUCUUCGCACGGGUUCCUCCUCCUCCUCCUCCUGCUGCUCGGCUUGAGCUCCGAACCCCGGCCGGACCGCGGAGCCCGAAGCCAUGAAAGUCACGGUGUGUUUCGGCCGGACCCGGGUGGUGGUGCCGUGCGGGGAUGGGAAUAUUAAAGUCCGCUCGCUCAUCCAGCAGGCGGCCAUGAGGUACAAGAAGGCUAUCGCCAAGGAUGGGAGUUACUGGCUGCAGGUCCACCGGCUGGAGCACGGCGACGGCGGCAUCCUCGACCUGGACGACGUGCUCUGCGAUGUGGCCGACGACAAAGACCGGGUGAGUAAAAGACGCCUGAUUUGGUGCAACUGAGGUGUUUGUCUCCCCGUCUGCGGCUUUCGCGUGCGAGCGCUGCUUUGCACGCAAAGUUACUUCCCCGACUGACUCUCUCUGACUGACAGCUGGGAGGUCGCAGGGUCACAUUCUGCACUUUGGUCAAAUGUCAGGAGAUUCCCUCGAAAGACGGAGAGUGGUUGGAGUGUAUUCCCCCGAGAAGUGGCUACUGACAUGAGGUCCCCCGAGGACCCGUCACAGCGAUGCCCCUCUGUCACCUGCAGACGGUGGGAUCCACCUCGGCUCUGUUGUCCUCUGAUAAGAACCAGAAACUCCGUCAGUUCACGCUGAAGAAAACCUUCCGAAUCAGCAGCUGUUGCGUUUGCAGCGACAGACUGACGGGAACGUAAACCUUCGUGUCCGCAAGUCGGUCCAGUGAACGUCUUGUGAAUUAUUUAUCGUUUCUUGCAGAAGAGCAAAAGAAGUUGUGUUGAUGGUGUGUAGAAAAGAGUCUGAGGGAAAUGU